AUGUACGAGCCCCAACUCAACCCAGACACCUUCCUCGACGAUUCCGAAUUCUCCGCCGAGCAGAUCCGCGACUUGAUCAACAACGGACUCGACAUCGAAGUUGCCAAGCUCUUUCCAAAUUUCGACGACGACGAAGUACGAGGUACGAUCGCUCUCAACUACGCCCGAUGGCCAAAAAACGAAGAUGGCAUCGUCGUCAUUCCCUUUUCCUUCCAAGAGCAUUUCAGCAAGAAAGCCGAGUUCAGAAAGCACGUCGAAGAGAUGAACGCCAACUUUGGAUGCAUCAAGUUUGAGUACGUCCCGACCAAUCGACUCCAAGAAACGAACUUUGAAAACGGUCUUUUGAUCACUCACGCUUCCACAACCCUUUUCGACAAUGGCUGCAAAUCCGCCAUGGGUCUCAAUCCCGGCUACACAUCCGACAACGGCUCAAUCACCGCUUUGGGAGCGAAGGAAGGCUGGCAGUUGAUUAUUAUGGACGACUAUUGUAUGACAAGAGGCACUGUGCAGCACGAAAUGAUGCACGCUCUCAGUAUCAAACACGAACACGUUCGUGGUGAUCGUGACGAACUUCUGCACAUUGACAUCCAGCAAAUUUCCGAAGAACUUCCUGGCUUCGAGUACAACUUCCACAAGAUCAAAACUGAAGAUUGGGGUCAGGCUCCAUGGCCGUUUGAUUUCAGAUCUGUGAUGAACUAUCCAUCGAAAAUUGGAAAUAAGAAACUGAUCACCACUCACACAGGCCAAGAGUACUUGCGAAACAAUGUGCGCCACUCUAGUACCGACGCCCUCCAGCUCCAAUGGCUUUACUGCGCCGCUCAAGGAAACGAGGACAGCUACGAGUACACUCCAUGGACAUAUUGUCAGGAGCCCGAUCCGUUUGGAUACACUCAGCCGAUCUUGAGGAGCAGAAUUUGCGACGGAAUCAAGGAUUGCUUCGAUGGAGAGGAUGAAGAUGGAAGAAUGGGCGAAUGCAAUAAGCAUGGAAAAGAAGAGGACUCGACCGACGAUGGCUGUUGCCGCAACAUCUUUGUCGUCCGUUACAAAACACGUUACCAGUGCCAGGAGUCCGAAACGAGCCCAAAACACAACGGGCACGUGAUGUACGACUGCUUCAAUCCGGACAACGGGCAGAUGGAAGAAAUUAAACUCUUCUGGGAAACGAAUCUCCACGGCGGGCAAGGAGCUGGUUGGGUCUUUGGCUUCCCCGAAUGUGCUUCGAGAAGCCAUCAGUGCGAAAUUGCGAGAGCGAUGAGUGAUAAUUUGGACACAAUGGAAGGCAAGAGCUAUCGAACUUUGUCAAUGUCCUGGGCCGAAAUUGAAACUCCAAGAGGAAUCGAAUCCGUUCGAAUGCCCGCUCAAGGUGGCGUCGACAGAUGGAUCAUUGGCGAUCUUGAUCACUGUCCUCCCAUUGGCUCGUACGAUCCUGGAUACGUAAAUGAGCUCCGAAAUUUCGUCGUCGAUUUUGAUAACGUGAUCAACCCUGGCGACUUCGUCACUGUCUACUGCAUGGACAACGCUGCGGAAAUUACGACUACUACUGAAGCUCCAACAACAACGGAAGCAACGAGCUCUUGCGAAGUCGACCGAUACGAGGACAAUACGCUCGCCAAUGUUCGAAACUUGAACAACAUGCUCAAGAAUGCGUCGAAAAACUCAUCCCACAAGGACUUCAAAAAACUAAUCAAGGCUGAGAUGGGCAUUUGCAAGGCAGCAGAUAAGCUUCUCGCAAAAUCUCUGGGCAAGACCCUGAAGGGUUGCGAGGUUGACUUUGUUGGAUUGGACACCAUCAAUGCUUUCAGCUCAUCUCUUUGUGGAUUCAGCCCCGGACCCGAUCAGCAUGAAGUUACCCAGCUCAGAAAUCUCUGCGAAGAUUUGAAAAUCUACUUGAAAUGGAAAUUCUCUGCUUGUGGCGAGCUUAUCCACAGUUUUGCCGACAAAUUGAAGAAGGGAUGCAACAAAAUGGAGAAGUCGCUAAAGAAACUUCCUCAAUAUGAUCCCGAUGCUGUCGAUCGAAAUCUGAUUGAGCCUCCAAGUGCUCUCCCCAAACCUGGCUACAAUGAUUGGGAAGGAGUCUUCUUCAAGAAAUAA